CAAUUACUUGUUCUUAUUCCGAAAUUUCGUCGUGAAACUAUCACCAUAAUUCUCAACUAGUCAAUAAUGAGUAACCAGAACUGGAAGAAUUUAUCCCAGGAAUUAAGACGUCGAGCAGCCCAAGCCAAGUCUACUGGAGGAGGACCUCCCAGAUCUCCCUUUGGAAUUUUCGCUGGAGUAGGUGGGUUAUUGUUGUUGGGAGGUGUUUCUCUCGUUGCCCAAAAUGCUCUUUUCAAUGUCGACGGUGGUCAGAGAGCCAUUAUCUACUCUCGUAUUGGUGGAGUGCAACCACGUAUUUACCCUGAAGGUACUCACUUUGUCAUACCUUGGUUCCAGAGACCUAUCAUCUACGAUGUCCGUGCCAAACCAAGAAACGUCGCCUCUUUAACCGGCACAAAGGAUUUGCAGAUGGUCAACAUCACAUGCAGAGUGUUGUUCAGACCUGACAUCUUGCAGUUGCCUACAAUCUUUAGAACGUUGGGAACUGAUUAUGAUGAAAAAGUCUUGCCUUCGAUUGUCAACGAAGUGUUGAAGUCUGUUGUAGCCCAGUUUAACGCAUCGCAAUUGAUCACUCAGAGAGAAAAAGUUUCACGUUUAGUGAAGGACAACUUGGUUCGUCGUGCUGCCAAGUUCAAUAUUGACUUAGACGAUGUUUCUUUAACAUUCAUGACGUUUUCGCCUGAGUUCAGUGCUGCAGUAGAAGCUAAGCAGAUUGCCCAGCAAGAUGCCCAAAGAGCUGCCUUUGUAGUCGACAAGGCCAUCCAGGAAAAACAGCAAUUGGUCGUCAAGGCCUCUGGUGAAGCUAAAUCUGCCGAGUUGAUUGGUGAAGCAAUCAAGAAAUCCAAGGAUUACGUUGAGUUGAAGAGAUUGGACACUGCCAGGGAAAUUGCCACCAUCCUUGCCAAUUCGCCUAACAGAAUCUUGUUGGAUAACGAUACUUUGUUGUUGAAUACUGUGACGGAUAGUCGUAAAUGAGGUAAAUAAACAGGUUCGAACCAUUGUACAUAGAAAAAUGAACAUUUCAUGAU